UUGACUAUGGGCGCAGCCAUCUUGUUUGCUAGUUGUACAGAUCUGCUCGCUCUACUUUGAAAGCGACGAGAUACUACGACCGGAAGGGGGCGUGCCUCAGUGAAAUGCCGCAAGAAAGCUGGGAGAUUGGCGACUUGACCACUUCGUACAUCCAAAUGUGUUGUUAUUAUACACGUGAGUUCACUGCGUUGACAGAUAUCUAUAUAUUUCUCAAUCAUCAAAAUGUCCAUCUUUACUCCGACAAAUCAAAUACGGCUGACGAAUGUGGCAAUCGUGAGGAUGAAAAGGGGAGGACAACGAUUUGAAAUUGCCUGUUACAAAAAUAAAGUGGUGAGCUGGAGAUCUGGAGCGGAGAAAGAUCUGGAAGAGGUUCUGCAAACCCAUUCAGUUUUUGUCAACGUUUCCAAAGGGCAGUUUGCCAAGAAAGAUGACUUGAUCAAAUCGUUUGGAACAGAGGAUAUUACCGAAGUUUGUAAGCAAAUUUUAGCCAAAGGUGAACUCCAGGUUUCUGACAAAGAAAGGCAUGACCAACUGGAGACCAUGUUCAGGGACAUAGCGACGAUCGUGGCAGAGAAAUGUGUCAACCCAGAGACGAAGAGGCCGUACACGGUCAGUAUGAUCGAGCGUGCCAUGAAGGACAUCCACUACUCUGUGAAGCCCUACAAGAGCACCAAACAACAGGCGCUGGAGGUCAUCAAACUGCUGAAGAAGUCAAUGGAGAUCCAGCGGGCCUACAUGAGGCUGCGGUUGGUCCUGCCGGCCAAGGAGGGCAAGAAGCUGAAGGAGAGGCUGAUGCCUUUCCUGAAGGUGGUCGAGAGCGAGGACUUUGACGAGCAGCUGGAGAUGGUGUGUCUGGUGGACCCCGGCUGCUUCAGGGAGAUCGACGAGCUGAUCCGCUGUGAGACCAAGGGCCGGGGCUCUCUGGAGGUCCUCAACCUGAAGGAUGUGGAGGAGGGAGAUGAGAAGCUGGAGUAACUCCACCCCUUAACCCUUCUACCCACGACCCUCCAACCCCGUUGCUACCUAACCCGAACCCACUUAACCCUUACCCCUCAACACUUCAGACCCCAACUCUUUGCCCUCAACUCUUAACCUUCUUUAACCCUUUGCCCGUAACCCAUCUACCCACAACCCCGUUAUCCUCCACCAUUUGCCCACUAACCCUAUCCCACUUUACCCGCAAACCUUAACCAAGUUAAACCCUAAAACCCCUUACCCUUAAUCCUCAACUCUCAAACUUCUCCAACCCCAAUUUACCCUAAACCUCUCACAUCUAACCCUUAAUUCCACUACUGAAGCCCCAUUGCCCUUAUCUCCAACCUCCAUCACCAUGGACCCUCUGUGCCUCCAUAUAUAUAUAUAUAUAUAACGAGCAUCCUGGUACACAGAGGGCAUACUCUCUAUAUCGCUAAUUCACACUAUUCCACUUUGAAUCCAUGAUGCCAUUCCUGUGUUCCAGCCACUGAAUAUUUAGAGAGUUUAUUCGGCUGCUCAUGGCUGUCUUGGUUUCUUGUGUGCAGUUUGAGCCUUCCAACGAGCGAUGUACUUGACUUUAGUUGGGGGGUUUUCAUCCCAUCUUAAGUCACAAUUUGAUUACAUUAUUGGAGUUUGGAUCAUAUUACAAGAAUAUUGUCCAUGCCUUUUUAUUUUACCACUUGUGAUCUAUAAUCAUUGCUUACUGUGUAAUUUGCU